AAUUUACCUCUUGUGUUAAUAUCGUAUUGCAGUGACCUGUUCAAAACCAAAGACGCGAAGGAUGCUGUUAGGCUGGUCCAAAGAAUUGCAGACUCGAUUAUGGAAAUCGUGAAAAAUAGAGAAGAAAAGGUGAAAAACAGAGAGGUCGAUGGCUUUGGGAAAGAUUAUCUUGGACUACUUCUCAAGGCUUAUCAUGAUGAAGGCCAGUCCAAGAAGAUAUCUGUAGAGCAAUUGGUCGAUGAAUGCAAAACUCUAUAUGUGGCUGGACAGGAAACAGUAAAUACUUUGCUCUCUUGGAUGAUUCUGCUUUUAUCAAUCCAUCAAGAUUGGCAAGAAAAGGCAAGAAAGGAGGUUUUUAGUGUAUUUGGUCGUGAUAAAACCCCUGAUGCCGAUGGGAUUACAAGGCUCAAACUGAUGGGUAUGAUCAUGAAUGAAACUUUAAGGUUGUACUCCCCAGUAUACUCAGGAUUCAUGCGUGAUGUCGAUAAGGACAUCAGACUUGGGAAGUUCGAUUUGCCUGCGAGUGUCCAGUUUCACAUUCCAAUCAUGGCGAUUCACCACGACCCUGACAUUUGGGGAGAAGACGUUAAUCUUUUCAAACCGGAAAGGUUCUCAGAAGGAAUCGCUAAAGCUACAAACAACAACCCAACCGCGUUCAUGCCCUUCGGGAUGGGACCCCACAUCUGUGCAGGCUUCAACUUCGCCACAAAUGAGGCUAAGAUAACCAUUGCUAUGAUCCUUCAGCGCUUCACUUUCAGCCUCUCCCCGGGCUAUGUCCAUUCUCCUUUUCCUUUUUUGGCAGUUAGGCCAGAGAAGGGGGUUCAAGUUAUCAUCAAUGCACUGUAA